AUGGUCGGCCGGGCGAGGCGGCCGCCGCUGCUGGCGCUGCUGCUACCGUGGACGCGGCUCCAGACUAGAGGUCGCAAGGUGCUGUUCGUGCUCGUCGUGACCAAUCCGAGGCUCUGGGUCUUGUUGCUGAUGCCGCUGGCGCCCGGCAUGUUGCUCCACCUCAUGCUGGCCCCGCACGUCUACCUGCUGCUACUCUGGAGGUGGGCAAGCCCCUCCCCUCCCAGCGCCCCCUGUCGGGUGGCGAGGCAGCCUGGAGGCCCCCACCAGCUCCAGCUCUCUGCUGCACGGCUGCCGGCUGGUGCUGCUACAUCGCCUGAGGCAGCCUCCUCGUCCAUCAUGAUGCCGACGAUGAGUGUGCCACAGCCAGAAGCGCAGGCUGCCGCACAAGAUGCCAGCACCGCCGAGGGCGAUGAAACUUCUGAAGAUGGCCGGCCAGCAGUUGCCAGCGCUUUUGACCGCGAGUCCGCGGAAGGUGAUGUUUCCCAUCGCAUUGCCGACACUGAAUGA